AUGGCUAAGGCAGAGGGUCAACCUGCGUUCGCGCAGGCAACACCGGACGAAAACAGCAUGGCAGACAGCUUACGCAAGCCCAACACUAAGAAGGCUUUUACGGGGCAGCAGACACAACUCAGCAACUCCGCAAUAGUGGACACUCGUGGCCCGGCGCACUUGAGCUCGCGACCGAAGCAAAGCGUCAUUGCGACACACCUAGGACAGGAUACUCUACGCAACGAUUUCCAUCCAAUGAUCAGCAUUGAUGCUCGCUACCCGUGGGAUCAAAUCCAGGUGCUUGACUCUACCGACGCCACACUUGAGGCACAAUCAGUCACCAAUGACACAUACGCUCAGCGCUUGGAUCAGUUGCAGGAUACGAUCCUCCCGGCACUUUAUCACAUUACAAAGAAGCAUACGGGCAAGCUAACGAAGACUUUCGACCGUCUACAUGCUCACGACUUAGUACAGUUCGACGAAGGUGAUGUAGUGAUGGUGCGUUCUGAAGGUAGAAGAACGAAGGCAAUGCGUCCUCUCUUUGGGCCAUAUGUAGUCAAUGCUAGAGUAGGCCAAAGCUACGAGUUAGCCAACAAGACCGGUUCCGUCACUCUCGAGUUUAAGGAUAAUCCGGUGCGUGUCGAACUCCUCCGGUUAGAAAAUCGCAGUUCGGACCUACUACAUGUUGAUGACUUGUGGACGGAAGGUGAAGUCGAGUUCAGACAUAUCAUCUCGCAUCGUAUGAAUGAUGACACUGGCAAGUUUGAAUACUUGGUCCGAUGGCGCGAACGUGACCUCACGUGA